UUUUGUUCAUUCUUUUUAUAAAGAAGAUUCAGUUUUACAAACUGCUAAAUGUAAAAUUUGUAUUGAAAAGUUCAAAGAUACACAUGGUUCAACUACUGAUUUGCGCAAUUACUUAAAAGAACAUGGAAUUAAUAAACUAAAUUAUAAAAAUUUUCUUGACAAACAUAAUGAAGUAAAUACUGAUGAAACUAAUGAUACUGGCAGCAGUACAGAAGAUAGUGCUGAAGAUUCAUCAUCUAGCUCUGCUCUUUUAGCUACAAUUUUGGAUUCUUGUCUUAAAGGUCUUCAAUUUGUUAAUCAAGAUGAAUAUAUUAGUAUUCAAGAAAAACUUUUAGUUAAAUAUGAAGAAUUAAGACAUGCAACUCCAUUAACACAAGUAUCAAUUAAUUUAAUUAAUCAAGAUGAAGAGGAUGAUACAUUUGCUAGUAUGUGGGCUUCUGGUCAAGAAAUAAUUCAGGCUAAGAAAGAUGAAGUUUCUCAAUAUAUGAAUCUUCCUGAGACAUUAGAAAAUGAAGAUCCACUAACUUGGUGGAAUGAUCAUAAAAAAACUUUUCCAACUUUAUCAUCUUUGGCUUGUAACUAUCUUGGUGUUUCUGCAAUAUCAGUUCCGAACGAAAGACUCUUUACUAAUGCAGGUGCAAGAGAAAUAUCGAUAAAGGCUAAAGUUUGUAAAAUAAUAGGAGGUCCUUAUAAAGAAGUAACCAUGGAAAUCGAUACUCAAUCUGAUGUAACAUGGAUAUCUUUAGGAUUAUUUAAUUUUUUAAAUCUUGAAAAAAUUGAUUUUGAUGAAGAAGUAAUUACUGGGCAUGGUAAUGCUAUAAUUUCUGUACAUUGUAUUACUUUAUUAUAUAUAAAAAUUAAUAAAAUAAAA